AUGGCCUUCCGAGCGUACCGCAUGGCGCCUGACGUCCGACAAAGAGCUACUGGGAUCAGGUUGAAGAAGAAGCACAUGAGCUACACGGAGUCCAUAUGGAGCGACACGGCCGUCGUUCUCCUCGUGCAACGCGAAGAAUCUCUGCGUCGCAAGGGACCUUGUCGCGAUGCCGAGGAAGAAGAGCGUUCCGACCAACGAGGCGCGGGUGAGCCGGAAGAGGGCCAUUUUGCAAUAUCUGACAGCGACGUGGACGACGAACCAGAUGAGGCGGACGAGACAGACGAGACGGAUGGCGCCAGCGACACGGAUGAGUCGGAUGAGGAUGACGACAGAGACGCUGACCGCAGAGACGAUGUUGGUAUGAAGACACACUUUGAUGCGUCGCGUUGGAGCUCGUCGGACGAAGAAAGCUCGCCCGAGGAUGAGGCAAGCGCUGACGAAGAGCCCCCUGACAGGGUUCUGGAGCUCCUUCUCGGCUUAUGCUUGUCGCUGGGAACCCAACCCCUCAUGGACGGAAAGCCAAACUCAACGGUGCUCGUUUACUUCAGUGGCAUUCUUGGACUAAAACCCCAGUCGCAAACUUUCGUGCCUGCUCGAUCUUAUACAACUCAUCUUUCCGUAUUGAUAUACAACCUCAGACUCUUGUUCCUCGAGAAUGCCCUGCCCCUGCGCUCAUACCCUCUGCUGGGUAUCUCGCGGAGACCCCGUACGAACCAGCUGGAACGACUGGAGCCAAUACGGAAGCGAUACAUGGUCAUGGGUUCACAGUCGCCAUUUGAGGAGCUGGUCAGUCUCCGCAACUUUGGCCGCGUAAUGGCUCGAUCGGACACGCCUCCCUUCCUACUACGAUGGAGCGACGACGGACAGAGCGUUUCACUCGAUGGUGAAGUCGACGUUACCAUGGCCAAAUUUAGGCGCCUGUGUGACCAUUUCAUUUCGGAAGCCGAGACGCUGUGCAGCGAGCUUAUGUUUCGGUGGGAACCACCUGUCGAUUUAUCGUUGGUCAAAGAUGACAUGACGAAUGAUGAAAAUGGGUUCUCAUUCGUUUCACACCCCCGGAAUAACCUCCAACGAGCAUAUCUCCAGCUUUGCGAAAGGGCAUGCAGUUCGCACCUAAGCAAACUGUAUCGCGAAGGGGGCUGGAAUUGGCCUGCGAUCUUCCGAUACUUCCGCAGAGAGGACGCCUUUCGAGCGGCCUUGCUGGGUUGCCUGGACGCUACUGGAGGGCAGAAACCUCGGUGCUCGGAACUACUGAGCCUCUACUGCGUGAACGGAGAAUUCGGUCCGCGGGGUGUGUACGUGUACAACCGAGCCAUGGUGUAUGUGGUGCGUCACCAUAAAGCGAAGCGGAACACGAACCGUGAAUUCAUCGUUGCUCGCUUCCUGCCAGCUCAGGUUGGGCAUCUUCUCUACAAGUACCUCGUCUACAUCCGGCCAUUCGUGGACAUGCUACAUCGGGAAGGAAGGGAAGGCCUCUGGACGGGCGGCACGGGCUCGCCCCUUCUAUUUCGCCUGGAGGCAGCGCUAGGAAGCAAGCCGUGGCCCACGGGAAGGCUUACUACUGUGCUCAAGAGGGCCACGUCGAAGGUCUUCGGGGUGUCCAUCAACUCGCGGCAGUUUCGGCAGCUGUGCAUCGGCAUCACAGAAAAGCACAUCUCCGACGCGAGCACAGAUGAAGUGAAGAACCACUGGCGUGCUAUACGCGAUGCUGUCAACGGCCCGGACGGCCUUUGCGGUAACAAGGAGAGUGUACGAAUGACAAUCGCGGCUCUCUGCGCUUGGGAUGGCCGGAUCCUCGGUAAAGUCCUGGCGAGGGUGGCUUCCGAUAGGGAUGGUAUUAACCUUGACUGCGAACACGCGGCACGCCAAUGGUUUGAACGGCAAAACAGCUUAGGAUCAAGGUGGAUUCCUCAGAUUUUGGUGGUCUUUGGCGUGCUUGUGUCGGCGUUCGACUUCUUGAAAAGCCAGCGGGGCCGUCGGCGGAGAGACAGUCGCGAACGUGACUUGGACAGCGAUCUUGCCUCCAAGGACAGCAUAAACGACACAGCGACUCGCUGGGGAACGAAGGAAGAAGCUACCGACUGGGCCAAGGCAGUCGACUGGUGGAAGGACAAGUGCGCUCAUUGCGUCGGCCGAGGGUGGAAAGGUCAGCAGGUAUCACACAGCCUGCGGAGCUGCGAAAGCGGGGGAAAGCAACAUUUGAGAAAAGAGCUCGGCGAGGCCAUCUUCCAGGAGGGUUUCCGGGCUCUUGGAGGCUGCCCUGACUACGCUAUGCCCCGGGAUUUCUGCAACGCGUGGAUGAGGCGGGCUGGCGGCGGAUGGGAAAACUGCCAUGGCACGAAGUGCCAGUAUGGCAGGCUCAUCUACGACACCAUUAUCGGUCUCUUCUACUCGAAAACCAUCAAGUUUCGGAAUCAGCUCAUUGAGUCCAUGAUGGAUGACGGGAUAGAGGAUUUGGAUGACGAAGGCGUAGCGGCGUGGCUUGGAACCGCGGUAACCGUUGAGGACAUUGAGGGCUCCGAAAUCCUGAGACAGUUGAAAGCCUGGACGGACAUGGUCCAAGAGUCAUAUUGA